AGUCCAGCAGUCAGUAUGCAUUCCGCCUGCGUUGCCCUGCUUUUCUUUAUCUCGGCUUGCAGCUCCCAUACCAUUCGGGAGACCGUCAGCUGCUGUUCUCCCAGUGAACUUCAAGGUUAUGCCUACAGUAGUGGCAUCGUUUUUCAGAGCGGACAAGAAGUAUCCUUCUAUGGCAAUUCAUGGUACUAUUACUCCGAAGUACAACAGAAGAUAGCCACGUUGUCAUAUAUUUUGAUCCCAAGCCUAGGAAAUCUGACGGUGCAGGUGAAAACCUUGCAAGACUACACCACCAGCAGAAAGUACACCGUAACAAAUGGAAUGUGUAACAUCACUAGCCUGCCUGGACCCUUUGCCCGAUCCUGUCUGCCAUCCAAUGCUGUUUCGUUUGGUUCACUCAAGUUGGGUUCCCCAACUCAAUAUCUUACUGUGAACAGUUACCAAUACACAGCAAGCUCUGCUGUAACAAAAACGAGCGUCGAAUCAAUGAAGUAUCAAGAGACCUCUAGUUGUUACGAUGUUGUGGUGUCUGUCAGCACUCGCACCUUGGGGGGAACUCUUAUCUCGAACGUGGACCUUGCUGCUGGGAACCACCAAACCACCAUUUCCAAUACUGAUGUUUUCAACGUACCAAGCGAAUGCACCAACAAUUCCUUUAUGAAGGAAAAGGAGCUCCUUCGAGACCUUCCGCUUGAUUUCAUGAAGUAUAUCAUUUAAAAAGACCUGCUUGUGUUCCUGAUGCAUGAUUUUGAAAUGAUUUAUACCCUUUUUAAGUUUUUUAUUUAUUUUGAUUUAGCAUUAUACUAACUGUUAUGUUUUGCUUUGAACAAUUACUCCCCAUCAUUACAAUGGGACUAGAUAUAAAAUACAUGUAUAUGAAAUUUGAUUUUGAUUAAAUGCGCAACACAAAAUUGUUUGAUAUUCUAGCUAUAUUUUCUGCGAAAUGUUUUUUAAACUGUGGAUAUUUGUCACAAACGUUAUGAAUGUUCUCCAAAAGUGUAUCAUAAUUGUUAAUAAAUCCUUAAAAGCAGUAAAA